GUGGGUGGGGGGCCAGGGCGACUCGGCGGGAGCCAACUUGUUCUAGACUCGGACCCACGCCUUAAGGGGUUAAACCUUUCUUAUGUUUCGGAGCGGCUUAUAAGAAGGGGGAGGCCAAGCCUCCGCCUUAAUUGGGAGCCUUUUGGGGUUUAUUCUCUUCUCUCCUAACUUGGGCAGAUCUUUUCUCAAUGAAGUAAAAUCACAGUGAAAAUUCCAGAUCAAGAAUGACCCAAAAGAAAUCAAAGCUUUGUUGCAGAGCCAAUGUGUAUACUCAAGUGCCUGAUGGAGGAUGGGGUUGGGCAGUCGCUGUUUCUUUUUUCUUCGUUGAAGUCUUUACAUAUGGUAUCAUCAAGUCAUUUGGUGUCUUCUUUAAAGACUUAAUGGACAGUUUUGAUGAAUCCAACAGCAGGAUCUCAUGGAUAAUAUCAAUAUGUGUGUUUGUCUUGACAUUUACAGCUCCCCUCUCCACGGUCCUGAGCCAUCGCUUCGGACACCGCGUGGUGGUAAUGGUCGGAGGGCUGCUGGUCAGCACCGGGAUGGUGGCAGCCUCCUGCUCACAGAAGGUUCACCACAUGUACAUCACCAUCGGGGUCAUCUCAGGUUUGGGAUACUGCUUUAGUUUUCUCCCAACUGUCACCAUCCUAUCACAGUACUUUGACAAAAGACGCUCAGUAAUCACUGCAGUCGCUUCCACGGGAGAAUGUUUUGCUGUGUUUGCCUUUGCACCAGCCAUCACAGCUCUCAAGGAGCAGAUCGGCUGGAGAUACAGCCUUCUCUUUGUGGGCCUGCUGCAGCUGAAUAUUGUCGUCUGUGGGGCACUGCUGAGACCAAUUAUUAUAAGAGGACCCGAGUCACCGAAAAUAGUCACCCACGAAAACCGAAAAGAAGUGCAAUAUAUGCUUGAAAACGAGAAAACACGAACCUCUCUAGACUCCAUUGACUCAGGAGUAGAACUAACUACCUCACCGAAAAAUGUGCCUAGUCAUGCUGCUGCAGAACUGGAGCCCAGGGCUGAGCAGCAGAUCCCGGGGAACACCGGUUCUGCACACAGCGAGAAGAAAGUCCCAUUGUUAGAAUUCUCCAUUUUGAAAGAGAAGAGUUUUAUUUGCUACGCAUUAUUUGGUCUCUUUGCCACACUGGGAUUCUUUGCACCUUCCUUGUACAUCAUUCCUUUGGGCAUUAGUCUGGGCAUUGACCCCGAUCGCGCUGCUUUUUUAUUAUCUACAAUGGCAAUUGCUGAAGUUUUUGGAAGAGUCGGAGCUGGUGUCAUCCUCAACCGAGAGCCCAUUCGUAAGAUCUACAUUGAGCUCAUCUGUGUCGUCUUAUUGACCAUGUCUCUGUUUGCCUUCACUUUUGCUACUGAAUUCUGGGGUCUCAUGUCAUGCAGCAUAUUUUUUGGGAUUAUGGUUGGAACAAUAGGGGGGAGCCACAUUCCGCUGCUCGCUGAGGACGAUGUGGUGGGAAUUGAGAAGAUGUCCUCUGCAGCAGGUGUCUAUGUGUUCAUUCAGAGCAUAGCAGGGCUGGCAGGACCACCCCUGGCAGGUCUGCUUGUGGACCAAAGCAAGAUAUACAGCAGAGCCUUCUACUCCUGCGCGGCUGGCAUGACCAUGGCUGCCAUGUUCCUCGCCUUGGUGAGACCAUGUAAACAGGGGCUGUGCCAGCAUCGCCAUUCAGGUCAAAAAAAACCAGAGAGCCAUCGUGGGAAGGCAUUACAGGACAUACCCGAGGACUUUCUGGAAAUGGAUCUUGGGAAAAUCGAUGCUAGAGUUCACGUGACUAUAGAGCCAGUAUGACACGUUUUCAUGUAACAGCAGCCACUGUGUUGGCUGGAAAGGGGGCCCCUGGGGACACGGGGCAGAGGAGCUAAACACUCAACUCCGCUUUCAAAGCUGCAUUUUAAAGGGAAUGUACAUGUGAACAGUGCUACCAACAUCUUUUCUUUCUCUUCCUUUUUGUUUUUGAAGCCAAAACAAAAACAACCAUACAUAAGUCUGGCUCUGUUCAGUAGCAAUACACAGAUACAUAGAAGGACUCUGUUUCAAAUUCCACUAUUAAAAUAGUGACAUGAAUUAGUAAAGUGGUUUUAAGAGCACACUCACACGUGAUAAAUUCCUAACUCAGAAAAUGUCAUCUAGCCCAGGUCACUGAAAGGAAAUUGGCCAUUCCAAAAACGAAACGUCUUGAACCAUUGAAAAUAACUGUUUGCAGAAAUAUGAGGAAAGUUUUUUAAAGAACUUGAAAAAUGCUGAGUUUCCAUUAACAAAUCACAGCCUCUGAAUUUUCCAAAUAUUGCAUGAGAAUGACAUAUACCAUAGUUUAAGGCCAAACAUUAGAAUAAUUAGCAAAAAAGUUUAAAAUAUAUGUAACUUGAGCUUCAUAAAUGUGAAGAUUACCACCUCUUUAUGGCCAGUCAUCACCGGAAGUAUUGCAAUACAGAAUAUACUAAAUUACAUUCAAAAAUGUAUCUCCUAUUGCUUUUAGUUAUUCAGAAAUAUGUGAUUGUAGUGUCCUUAAUUUAAAGUACUAUUUAUUAUUAAGUUAUUCGAGGGUAACUGAAGUAAUCAAAAGAAAUGAAAAGUAAUCUGAGACAUACAUUGCAUUUUUACCUCCUUGCAAUCUUUUAAGUGUCUCAAAGAAUACUUAUCCUGUAAAAGGCCAAUUUGUGAUGAUUCUUCAGUUUGAUUAAAGGCAACGUGUGCUACUUAAAGCGGGGAGGGGGAAAUAAUGGAUAGCAAAUUGCCUUAGCUUUUUUUUUUUUUUUUUUUGGUACCGGGAUCAAACUCAGGACCUUGUGCUUGCGAGGCAGGUGUGGGGCCAUGGAGCUACAUCCCCGGCCCUGCCUUAGCUUUUAAAAAGGUAAUUUGUUUUAUUAGCUAAGUAUACUUGAGGAUCUUAUCUGAUCAAAAUUAUAUUUUAUUGAAUUGUUGAAGCAUUUCUGAUUUUUUUAAAAUCUUAACUGUUGAGGUAUUUCUGUAUUUUAUUUGGAGUAGCAAAUUUGUGAUGUUACCAUCACAAGUUACAAGUUGCAAUUUACAUCUUACACAGAGCUUGACUUGAUUGUUCUGCGUUGCCAUAGGUAUCGGGUAACUGGUCAUAAUUUUGGAGUUACACUACAUGUUUAAUAUUUCUCAUUUUAGCAGUUUUCUGUAAAGAGGAUAAGAGGUGGGCUGUUUCCUCAUCUAUUUUACUGCAUCUCACCUUACAGGUGAUGGUCAACGCUUGCUGCUCCAUCUUUAUUCAUCUUUAUUGUUAAUUUAUGACUACUCAGGGGGAAAAUAUAACAAGUCUAGUUUGGUUCCAGGUAAACACAAGCUUGAAUAUUUCUCUGCACUGAAAGGAAAGUGGCAUAGUUCAUCACCACCGGCUACAUUUUGUAUAGCAUUUUAUCAGCCAUAGAAAUAGACAAUCUGUAAAACUCUGGGGCAGUUGCAGGAGGAAAUGACAAAGUGUCUGUCUAACACAGAUGCACCUGAAACAAGCAAAGGUGGACGUAGCAAAUCUCUGUUGGGCUUGAGGAAAACCUUGGGCCGCGGCAGCUUUGCGUACUUACACACCUUCAGCACUUUACAGCAUACUUUGUACUAUGAAUGUUCGAUCCAGUUUAAUAUUUAUGACUGAUUUCUGCUCUAUGUCCAUUGUGUUAACUGCAUGAGAAAAACAUGUAUGCCAAUUUCAGUAUGUCAAUAAUCAAGGUUUUAAAUAUUUGGAAGAAAAUAAAAGCAAGAUUUGUUCUGUAUUAGUGACAUUCUGGUACUUCUAGAUUUGCAAUAAAUUUAUGGCUUUUUAUGUAAAGAGA